AUGGAGGGAAAGCGGUCAAGAGGGAGCUCACAGCCCCGUCCCCGCGAGUUGCUUCGCAAAAUCAAAGAAUUCACUCGAGCUCUUGUGGAAGAUCUCACCAACGGCCGCCCACCGCAGAUUCUCAUCGAUCGCUUCCGAAAUUACUGCUCCGAUUCCUCCGCAAAUUGCUAUUGCAGCUCUGAUUUGCCAAAAGGGAAGGAGGCGCUGACUCUUCGAAAAGAAAGCCAUGUGCAUAGAAUAGAUGUUCUGCUUAGGGUUCUUGUAAUUGUUCAGCAACUUCUGCAAGAAAACAGACAUGGGUCUAAAAGAGAUAUCUAUUACAUGCACCCUUCGGUAUUUUCAGAUCAAUCAGUUGUAGACCGUGCAAUCAAUGACAUAUGCAUCCUUCUGCAGUGUAGUCGCCACAAUUUGAAUGUGGUGUCUGUAGGAAAGGGGUUGGUAAUGGGUUGGUUAAGGUUUGCAGAGGCUGGAAACAUAUCUGAUUGCAUAAAUAGACCAAACACUGCCUACCCUGUUCCAGUUCAUGUUGAAGAGGUCAAAGAUAUUGUUAGUGUUGCCCAGUACAUAAUUAUUGUGGAGAAAGAAUCAGUUUUUCAACGAUUGGCAAAUGACCAGUUUUGUAACACAAACCACUGCAUUGUCAUCACUGGACGUGGAUAUCCUGAUAUUUCCACAAGAAGGUUUCUGGGGCUCCUUGUUGAUACUUUAAAUCUCCCUGUCUAUUGCUUGGUAGAUUGUGAUCCCUACGGUUUUGACAUCUUGUCCACAUAUCGGUUUGGUUCUCUGCAAAUGGCCUAUGAUGCAAAAUUUCUACGGGUCCCGGAGAUAAUUUGGCUCGGAGCCUUCCCUUUGGAUGCAGAGAAGUACCAUCUUCCACAACAGUGUCUCCUUCCUUUGACUGCAGAAGACAAGAGGAAAACUGAAGCCAUGUUACAGAGAUGCUACUUAGAAAGAGAAGUGCCACACUGGAGAUUGGAGCUACAGUUGAUGCUGAAAAGCGGAGUGAAAUUUGAGCUAGAAGCAUUAUCUGCGCAUGCACUUUCCUUUCUGUCGAUGGAGUACAUACCAUCUAAAAUUCAAGGUGGAAUGUUCAUCUAACAUGUGCUUAAUCUGUAUGUGCUACCUUGUCAGCAAAAUGGAAUUAUUGGAUUUCUGUAGAGCAUGAUCAACUUUUCUUCACUGUAGACCAGUAGUCAUUGCCAAUGGGAGUUAUGGGACAAGCAAUGCUCCACAAACACAAAACUGGUAAAUGGCCAAGAGCCGCAGAAUAACUCGUGUAAAUUUACAACGUUGUUAUGGUAAAUAUUAUCACUGUUACGUCUUUUGCAUGAAAUUGCAGCAACUGAUUGUUGCCUAUGCAGAAUGAAACAGUAGUCCUACAUUAUUAAAACAAUCACAUACAUU